CGACUCGCCGGCUCCCCGCCCCGCCUUCUUCCUCCUCCUCCCCUCGCUCUCUCCCUCUCUGCCAGGCGAAAACGAUCAGGAAAAAGUCAAAACCCCCUCGAAAAAACACCCCGGAGGAGGAGGAAAAUAGGGGAGGGGAAAAGGCGGCCACCGCCCGAAAUGAAGCCCAACACCAAGAAGAAAUCCAAGAAGAAGAAGCGGCCCUCGCCGGCGGCCGCCGACGGGGCGGCGCCGCCGACCCCUCCGGCGCCGGGGUCCUCCCCGCGCUCCCCGCUCGCCGAAACCCUAACCCUAGCCGCCGCGGCCUCGGAGACGGAGUCGAGCGGCAGCGGCAGCGGGAGCGGCGGGGACGCCUCCGCGUACACCCGCGCCUUCACCUCCAGCUCGUCGGGGCCCGCGUCCACCUCCUCGUUCUACGCCCCCUCCUCGACCGACUCCGCCGCGUCCUCCUCGGCCACGGGCGACGAGCGGCGCGACCUCGCCUGGCUGCUCGAGGCCUUCGGCAGCGCCACCAUCGACCAGGUCGACUCGGCCUACCGCGAGGCCGGCGGCGACCCCUUCCUCGCGGCCGGCAUCCUCGGCUCCACGCAGGACAUGCAGCCGCCGCCGCCGCCACCGCCAGAUCUCUCCCCGCGCGCCGGAUCUGCUGGGAGGAGGCCGGCUCGCAGGCCCAGGAAGCUUCCCGUUGCCGUGUCUGGCAUCGUUGCGGACGUGAUCGGCAAGGGCUACUCGCGGCCUGCCACUCCGCCUGUGAGCGCGACCGAUAGAAGUGGGUGGAAGGGGAAGGGGAAGGACAUGGAUGGAGAAAGCGUCAGCAAUGGCUGGAAUGAUGAGAGAAAUGGGGAGAGAGAAAGCGGGGGUGGCUAUCCCACGCUUAAUGUUGAGGAGGCCGAGCAGUUCCUGUGCUCCAUGCUUGGAGAUCAUUCUGAGCUCAGCAUGGGUGUGGUCAAAGACGUGCUGGGUCAGUCUGGAUAUGAUGUUGAGCAGUCGCAGAAGUUGCCAAAAAAUCCACUAAACACGUCUCCAGUUUCCCAUUAUUUCUUUGGCACAAUAGAAUGCAUGUGGCACUUUGUAAGCGCUCCCUUGAGAAAUUAUCAUAUUCUAACAUUUUGUUCUACUCAGUUCCCAGAAGAAAUACCUGGUAUGUCAUACAAUCACUCUGAAAGGCAACAUGAAUUCUUCUGGGGGGAACAACAGAGCAGUAGCUACAUGAAGGCUGUUUGCGAGGUGCAGCACCCGGCAACACCGUCUCCAAGAUCAGCGGUGGUGGAUUCCAAGAUGCCACAACAAGUCUUGGAGUCGCUGUUCAAAAUACCUGAACGUCGCACAUACGAGCCAAGUAAAAUGGACUGGAAGAAGGUAGUGAAGAAGCUGCAGUCAUACAAUCAUCCCAUCACAGCAAGCAAUCAAGAAAGACCAAAAAAUGGGGAUGGGUAUCGAGAGUUCCGUGGUGUUUCUGCUAGGCAUUAUGAUACGAUGAAAGGGUAUUAUCAGAAAGCUGCUGUGGCAUAUUCCAAAGGAGAUAAAUCUUAUGCCUCUUACCUUGCAGAGGAGGGAAAACAUUAUCGGGAAUUGGGUCGCAAGGAAGAUGAGAAGGCCAGCAGGGAGAUAUUUGAAGCCAGAAACAAGCAUAUAACAAACACGGUGACUAUUGACUUGCAUGGUCAACAUGUCAAGCAAGCUAUGAAGCUCCUCAAAGUUCACAUGCUGGUUUGUGUAUGCAUGCCAUCUACCCUUCUUAGAGUAAUUACUGGUUGUGGUGUUGAAGGUACAGGGAAAGGGAAGAUAAAACGAUCGGUGGUUGUCGGAAAUCGCAUAAGUGAGCUCAUUCUCGACUUCGAUUCGGCGUUCGGUGUGAUGAGUGGAUCGUCUCUGCAGUUCAGCAAAUUGUCUUUGUCCUUAGUCAUGGACGGGUUUGGUUGAGAUGAGCACCAGCAUCUCUGUAACUUCUUCAAAAUACAGUAACGAAGCUGCAUUUGUUUUCAUGGUUGGCUCUUCUCUCAUCAGGCGGCACCAAAUUGGGUUGUCUGACAUGGUCUGCAAUGUUAGUGCUGGUCUGAAGCUUUUCUAGAAGCAUUUGUGUGUUCUCAAGCUCAGGAGUUACAAGGAGCAAUGGUGCUAUGGUCUUGAACUUCCACUGAUCUUGUACUGAAGAAUGAUCCUUAGCUUAGUUACUUAGCUUGAUGUCUUUUUUUGAGGAUAGGUUUGGAGUUGCAUCCACUUUUGUCUAGGUUGGUACGUCCACCAGAAUUCGCAUGACAUUAUAUGCCAAGAUGAGUUGUUGUACUUCCUCUAAAUGCAUGGCUCAAUGCAAACGACUGAUUUAUUUUUCUUAUAAUAUGUAAACCAUGUACUGCAUCAACACUCAUUGUAGAUCAUGCUUUCAAUUGCCUGAACUUUCUUUUUGUGGUAUGCAGAUGACAAAAUGUAGGGAUUCAUAUUUUUCUUAUGUCCCUGCAUGGGAUUUUAUGAUUGCACAAAUCAUAAGAGAAAUCAGUGAUAGGCCUAAAAUUAUUGUGGUUGCAGAUGAUGUGGGAAAGGAUGUCCCGGCUCACGCCCUGGAGUGCAAUGAGGAAGUGGUGUAGGCCAUCGAUGUGGACAUGUUCUUCUCCGGUGCUCAACGAGUACGGCUUAUCAAGCCCCCCCCCCCCCCCCCCCCCCCCCCCCCCCCCCCCCCCCCCCCCCCCCCCCCCCCCCCCCCCCCCCCCCCAUCGCGGCAGGAGGGCCGCAUCUAUGAGUAGCUUCUUUGAUCCGGUCAUGGUGUAGUAGUUACUUUUGGAUCAUCUCUGGCUCUUCAGAGAGUCCACUCGGUUUGCCCCUCGCCUUGACACUCGUCUGCGAUUGCUUGAUGAUGCGUCUCCUCUGCACUUCAGGAAGAUCCAGGAAGGAGGCGAGUACGACGGUGGCAGAGGAGGAGGAUGAAGGAAUAGGCCGGGGAAGUCUAAGAAGAAAAGGGGCGGCACCGUCGUACUGAAACUCAAGGUGAAGGUUUCUCCGCCCCUGCUCUCGCCGUGGGCAUGCAUGGAUUUCUGAUAAGUGACUGCUCUGCCGCUCAUCAGGCUGCCGACCUGCUGGUGCGUGCAAACGUGCUCUACUUGGACCCAGAGUUUGUUGCCGAGAUAGCAUAAGUGGAAGGCUGUGAAGGACAUAUUUCUUUCUUAUUUUAUAAAGAUUUUGUUCGUGCAGAAAUUUGGUUUUUGAUGCAUUCAAACAUUAAUAAUCAGCAGCGACAUCAAAGGUGAGAGGUGAAAAGAAGUUAUGUUGGUAGAUGGUCAUGCAUCUACUGGUUCUGAGAUGCAAGUUGUGACUUGAUAGCUCCCUUGACUCAGAUGUCAUGUCAUCUAAUUGGGCAAUCAUAUUUAAUUGUUGAAUGUAUUCAAUCUGGUUGGGGAUAAUCCACCACCUAAGAGGAUCAAGGUCUCUAAAAUAUUGUUGUUUGUUUUGUUAUCAGUUGUAAAUUCUAUUCCAAGUUCCUUGCUUAUAUGUGUAUGUUCGUCAACAA